AUGGCCGAAAGUGAGGCUCCAAGCGUCGAUCCCAACGCCAUCACGACCGCGCCUGACCAGGAUUCAUUCACGCUUGUGCCCGUUAUUCGAGAUCUUCUGAGGACACGAUACUGCGCCCCAGGCACCAUUUUUCUCGUCGAAGGCAUUGAGAUUAUCCCAGUGUCAAAGACUGGUCGCUGGCAAGCCGUACGACUUCUCCUUGGCGAUGGCGAUCUUUGCGUGCAAGCGCUCCUCGGCGCCGACUGUCACCGGUUCGUGGAAACGGGCGAGGUUUCGCCGGGCUUCUACAUCAAAGUAGAUCAGUUUGAUUUGGAAUGGGAAGCUAUGGACUCCGAGGAUGGCCCUGCUGGCGCCGAGACGAAUCAGAAAAUGGUCUUUCUCGCGUUGCACGAUCUCAUCACCAUUGGAUGGAACGACUCCUAUCGGGCAAUGAUUCAGCAAUACAGAGGCGAAGCGGUGACUGCCGACGAGAACUUGUCUUCCAAGAAAGACGAACGCAAGGAGUCAGAGCUACAAAUGAUGCCUCCGUCACCAUCACUCGUUCCCGGUGCCGCAGCUAGGGAGGAGCCUAUCUCAGUCAAGACCGAGCCGCCAUCAUCAGGUUACGGUGAUGACUUUGACAUGGAUGACGCUUUCGAGAAUAUGGAGAGGAUCGUAUUUUCCAACUCGAAAAAGGCAAGCACGCCCAAAGCAGCUCCAUCGUCGCGCGCACGGGGCCCAGUGGCGCUGCCUCGGGACUGGGCUGAUCAUCAGGUGCCGCUGAAGCUGACCACACUGCAUGCGAUCCCGUCAUUGCCGUAUGCACAGAAUUGGACAUGCAACAUCCUUGCAAUAAUUGCCUCUCUAUCACCGGUCGAGUCCUCAUACCUGCCGCCGUACAAGCAGCGAACGGCUCGACUGACGGACCCCUCAACCGCCAAGCAGGUGCACUUGACAGUGUUUCUCGACCCCGAGUCCUUCAACCCCGCGGUUGGAAGCGCAGUUCUUCUCACUGGUGUCAAGAAUCAUCGAUUUGAUGGUGGUAGCUUGAAAAAGUAUGCGAGUGAUGUCAAGAAUGGAAAAGAGUGGUGGUUCGAGGACCCUGUCGAUCUGGCGUGGUGUGAUGUAGCUGGAAUCAAGUCAUGGUGGAAGCAAAUGGAGGGCCUUUGA